ACGUUUAUACUUUACGUUCGAGUGAUCAUUUUCCUCAAAUUCGAAUGAAUUUCGUUGAUUUUAGAUUAGAAAUAAUUUCAAAUUAAUCAACAAAAUUAACCUCCGAACAGUCUGCGACGAAGUAACAUUUCAAAAUACACAAAACAUCAGUUUGUUCGCCAAGUUUUCGAUACCCAUCUGUCACAAGUCACUGACUGAUAAGAAGAAACCAUAAUUUUUCAUUAUCAACAAAUUUAAUUCAAAUCGUACUGAAAUUGAAAACGUCAUAGUUUGAUUUCCGCGAAAAUACCGAUAAAUUGAUGAAAUGUAAUCGUACAGUGACUGUAUCGUUGCUUCUACCGAGCUCAGUCAUAAACAACCAAACUCCAAGCAUCGAACUAGUGUAGUAUGUUGGAAAACUUUCAGUCAUGAGUACUUUAAUAGACGACGAUACCAUCGCUUUCGGCGAAGAAGAUAACUUCAAUCCAAAUAAACUCACACACCCUGUUGUGACAUUCUUUCAUCUAGCAUUCCGUAUAGCUGCCUUAUUUUUAUACAUAUUCGGUUCUAUAUUCAGUAAAAGUUAUAUUGGUCUAUUUGUUACCAUCGUUUUAUUAUUAUCAUGUGAUUUUUGGACAGUGAAGAAUAUUACAGGAAGAAUUAUGGUAGGAUUAAGAUGGUGGAAUUAUAUAGACGACGAAGGUAAAUCUCAUUGGGUGUUCGAGUCCAGAAAGGGUGAUGCACAGAAUCGAGUCAAUCCCUCGGAAGCCAGAAUUUUUUGGAUAGGAUUACUCGGCGUUACCAUUUUAUGGACUUUGUUCUUUAUAUUUUCAUUAUUCAGCUUGAGCUUCAGGUCAUUGUUACUGAUAUGCAUCGCGUUAACUCUGAAUUACGCCAACGUGUACGGUUACAUGAAGUGUAGGUUUGGUCAAAAUUCCGAUAACGCUACCCUAGGCUCGACGAUUUCGUCUUUCACGACAGAUUUCAUUAGAAAACAAGUUAUUCAAAAUAUGGCGAGCAUGGCCACGAGACCACCACCAUCUACCAAUGUACCACCUCCUUCUGUAGUUUGAACAGAUCGCUUAUUUCCUGAAAACAUUUUUAUUUUUAAGUCUAGAAUUACUACUGUUCGUACAAAUGUCAACGCCAGGUUUAGUCAUCUUCGGAUAAAUUUAAAAGUUCUAAGAUUUUCUUUGCUUUAAUUAAUUUUGUAAUAUAUACGAUCCUACACUAUA